GGCUAGGACAUCUUAGCCAUUAUUAACUAGGACAUCUUAGCCACAAGAGGUCCAGAUUGGGGUUACCAAUGGCAAUGGGGUUCUGUUGCGCAGCCAACAACGUAGCACUGCCAGCAACUGCGGCCAUCAACAUCGAUGAAGCUUCACCCAAUGUAGCCGAUUCUACCCAAGGUUUUGUUACCAUGGUAAACCAUGCUACUCUCUUGGAUAGGGAGCGUUCUAAACAUGAGACAAUCCAUUUUCAAUUCGUCUAUGACCCAUCUUACCCAAAGGAGAUUCUAUCCAAGCCUUAUCCGAAGAAAUAUGAGAGCCCUACAUUCCCUCAAUAUGAUGGAAGGAAGGGUAGUGUUGUGGAGCACGUUAGCAAAUUCCUUGAUGCCAUGAGGCCUUACGUCGGCAACAACGACUUGUGCCUCUCAUCGGCACCACCCAUUCCUCUCACUGUCGAAGAGCUUGAUGUGCUCUUGAAUCAAUGGAUCGCUGAUGGUGCUAUCAUACUGCCUCAAUCGCAUCGCAAGCCUAGUGAUGAUGAUAAGUACAACCACAAAACCAUAGAAGCCAUCCUCUCUAUUGUUGAUGAGACUGGAGAAGAGUGCCUCAAUGUCAAAGCUUAUGCCAAUCGUGCUUAUCUUGAGUCCUCUAAUGCCAUCACAUUCACUAACGAAGAUAUGGAGGCACUAUAUCCUGGCCACAGAAAUCCUGUUUACUUAUUCGCUCAGAUUAAUUCUAUCAGUGUCAGACGUGCACUUGUUGAUACUAGAUCCUCGCUCAACCUAAUACCGCUAAGCACCAUUAUCGUUGUAGAGAUUCCCUAGCAAAGGAUCGUCAUGUCUCCAUUCAGUAAUGUCAGCUUUGGCAGCAGUAGUGAGCAUGCCCUUAAAUACAUUCAACUUGAAUUA